AUGUCACAAACGGAUUCUUCACAGCCGAAUGUCCCUCGGAUCCGAAAAUUGGAUCCCACGGUCGUGAAAAGGAUCGCCGCUGGCGAAAUCAUUGUUCAGCCUGCCAAUGCACUCAAAGAACUUCUUGAAAAUGCCAUUGAUGCAGGUUCUACAAUGAUUGAUGUAUUGGUAAAGGACGGAGGGCUUAAAUUGUUGCAGUUGAAUGAUAAUGGAUGUGGUAUUGCUCGCGAGGAUAUGCCUUUACUCUGUGAGCGGUUUACUACCUCUAAACUACUGAGGUUCGAGGAUUUGUCGCUGAUUUCAACAUACGGCUUUCGAGGAGAAGCACUCGCAUCUAUCUCGCACAUCGCGCGUCUUUCUGUGGUGUCCAAGAUCGCAGAAUCGCCGUUGGCGUACAAAUGUUACUACACAAACGGACAAACAGCGACCUUGAAGUUUAAGCAGGACCCCAAUUGUAAGCCACAGCCCGUCGCUGGCAAUGGCGGCACUCAAAUCACCGUCGAGGAUCUCUUUUACAACCUGCCGUCGCGUUUGCAUUCUCUCCGCUCGAAGAACGACGAAUGGAUCAAAAUAUUGGAGGUUUUGGGCAGAUAUGCCGUUCACAGCGAAGGGGUAGGCUUUUCAUGUAAGAAAAUGGGCGAGCCGCAUCCCAGCAUCUCUACCAGGCCCAACGCCUCGUUGAAGGAACGAAUCAGAACCGUGUUUGGAACCUCUGUCGCCAGCGAGCUCAUCGAGUUUGAUUUCCCGUGCGAGGAGUUUGGAUUAAGCAGUAUUAAGGGCGCCGUUUCGGGCUUCAACUACAACAAUAAGCGGAAAAUCCAGCCUGUUCUAUUCAUCAAUAAUCGACUUGUGAUGUGCGAUCCGCUCAAAAGAGCCAUCAAUUCCGUAUUCCAGGUAUUUCUCCCAAAGGGUAACCAUCCAUUUGUAUAUUUGAGUUUGCUCAUUGAGCCACAGAAUGUGGAUGUGAACGUCCAUCCGACGAAGCAAGAAGUGCGCUUUCUCUUUGAAGACGAGAUUCUGGAAUGGAUCUGCGGCAAGAUCCACGACGUGCUCUCGGAGCGGGAUAAUUCACGAACAUUCAAGCAGAGUGUCCUCAAAAGAACCGGAGAAAACUCGGUCGUGGACUCCUUGACCGUCACCACUAAAAAGACGCGCCAAGAGAACAAAAUGGUGCGAGUGGAUGCCAAUCAGCUGAAAAUCAGCGCUUUCAUCAAGCCUUCCGAUCCUAAGCAAUCACAGAUCCUUGCGAGUUCCAGCCAAAGUUCUGGCUGGCAGGUCGAGAACCCAGACAGUACUUUCAUGGAAGAGGUUGCAGUUGAAUCGUCACAGAUCGAAGACCCGCGGCCUACCCAAAGAAAAGAAAGUGUCUACUCACAGCCGCUUGUGAUCUCUACAAGCAGUAGAAAGAAGCAAGAGGUGAAGCUUGAUAGUGUUACAGAACUACGGAACGAGGUAGCCGCCUCCAUCAAUAGACCGCUCUCCAACGUGUUCAACAACUUGAUCUAUGUUGGUAUUGUCGAUGCCGAAAAGCGUCUUUGCUGUUUUCAGUAUGAUGUGAAGCUCUUCCUCUGUGACUACGGUGCUGUUUUAGCCGAGUUCUACUAUCAAGUGGCAUUAGCAGAAUUCGCCAACUUUGGAGAGCUCGUCUUGCCAGAGCCGCUUGCGCUUCGAGACAUUUUGCGUCCUCUCUAUCAGCAACACAGUGGCUUGGAGCCUGAGGACGUGGUGGUCGAGAGAUUGAUGGCCAUGGAGGAUAUGUUCAAAGAGUACUUCCAGCUCGACUUUUCCAACGAGAAGCUUCACAUUUUGCCGAUGCUCAUGAAGGAGGUCGAGCCCUCCAAAAUGAAACUUCCCUUCUUUCUCUACCGUUUGGGAACGAAGGUGAACUUCAGUAGUGAGAAAGAAUGUCUCCGAGAUGUAUCCCGUCAGAUCGCCUUGCUAUAUGUUCCCGACCGCAUUGAGAGCAGCGGAACUGGCGACGAAAACGAAAAUAAACUGUUGGCUCUACAAGAACGCAACAAGCUCAACGCGACGCUCGAGCACACGGUGUUUCCUUCUUUGAGACGAAACUUUGUUGCGCCAGAAGCGCUUGUGCCCGAUGUAGUCCAGGUCGCCGAUCUCCCCGGCCUCUACCGAGUCUUUGAGCGAUGCUAA